AUGGCCUCCCGGAUCGCCUGCGGCCCAACGGCAGCCGCGACCUCCGGCAGGGCCGCGGGCACCCCAUCCCGCCCCCCCGCCGCCUGCAGGCUGCUGAUCGCCGGCCGCAUCAAAUCGAUCAGCGGCGCUCCCCUGCCGUGGGCCGCAUCCUCCCGGCCCGAUCGGCGCCGGUGCGCCGGCAGGGUGGCCGUGACGGCCAGCUGCCCCCCGCUGGUGGGCAACGCAGCCGCGGACUUCACCGCGCAGGCGGUGUUCGACCAGGAGUUCGUGGAGCUGAGCCUGAGCCAGUACCGCGGAAAGUACGUGGUGCUGUUCUUCUACCCGCUGGACUUCACCUUCGUCUGCCCCACGGAGAUCACGGCCUUCUCGGACCGCCACGCCGAGUUCAAGGACCUGAACUGCGAGGUCCUGGGCGUCAGCGUAGACUCCCAAUUUUCCCAUUUGGCGUGGAUCCAGACGCCUAGGAAUGAAGGGGGGCUGGGAGAUUUGGAGUACCCGCUGGUGUCCGACCUCAAGCGCGAGAUCUCCACCGCCUACAACGUGCUUUCCGAGGAGGGGGUGGCGCUGCGGGGGCUGUUCAUCAUAGACAAGGAGGGCGUGGUGCAGCACGCGACCAUCAACAACCUGGCCUUCGGCAGGAACGUGGACGAGACGCUGCGGACACUGCAGGCGAUCCAGUACGUGCAGGAGAACCCGGACGAGGUGUGCCCCGCUGGCUGGACGCCCGGCGACAAGACCAUGAAGCCCGACCCAACCGGAUCCAAGGAGUACUUUGCAGCCAUCUAG